AUGAAUUCCAAAGCAGGAAACACCAAGCAAGGAUAUUUAUAUGUGAAAAACAAAGUGCAAGGCCAUAGAGCAGGCAAAAGUAUUAAAAGGAUUUAUAUUUGGUCACUAGGAAAAGUGUUUCUUAUAUGUAUACUUCUGUCUAUGCAAAAUGUCUCUGGGUUGCUAAAAAUAGAAGAAGUAGCAGGAGUGCAAGAAGCAGAGGUAUGCACAGUUCAAGGGGUGACAUACGUAGCUCGAACAGAUGGGCCUCUUAGCCCGAUUAUGCUAUAUUUAGGUGGAAAGGUAUGGGAGAUUUAUGACAACAGGCUGUAUUCUUCAAAGAUACACAUACAUUUUACUGUGUCUGACAAGAAAAGUAACAAUAAUUUUACAAGAGACCCAGCGAAAGACAGAGUCUUUAAGGGAUAUGCAGAAGGAAAAGAAGUACCAAAAAACAUUAUAGACCACUAUAACGCACUGAUUACCAUGUUUCCUUCCCCAGAGGGAGAGAUAAGUAUCUGGCCCAAGGCGGAUUGCAAAGAUUCAUUUACUCUAUUCUUAAAGAGUGAUACUGGAAAAGCGCAUGCGCAUACGAUUCUUGCUGCGCUGCUACUAAAGGCAGAGGGAAUAAAUGUGCCGCUGCUGCUUGAAGAAGUUGAAAGCGCAUGCCCAAAACUUGUAUGGAAGAGCAUCGCUCAGAGCAAUAAAUCUUUCUCUAUUGACAUAGCAGUUGUUGCCUACCAAGGGAUGGACAGCAGUAGUUCUAAGAAAAAGAAAUACAGCGAGUACUUUAAAGAAAAAAUAGUACAGACUAUUCAGUAUUUCAUUAGUACAGCCAGCAGCCCAAAAGACAAGGCUACACCAGUAGGAGCAGGAUUAAAGAAAAAAGAAGACCCAUGGGAGCACAAGUUUAUUAAUACCUCAGCAUGGCUUAUUCAGUCGUACAUAUACUACUAUUUGGAAACUGUAGAAGAUGCAAACAGCUUCAAUUCAGAAGUAUCUAGUAUGUUGUGUGAGUACAUAAUAUCAUGUAGAGUAGAACAUAAAUUAGAGCAAGAGAAAAUUGCAAAAGAAUUCCUUAGAAAGUGCUUUAUGCCUAAGGGCACACAGUCAGAAACACUCAAAUGCUGGGAGAAAGUAAAGAAUCUGGAGAAUAUUAUUAUAACGCAAGAGAAAAUGAGAUUGCUUCCCUUUACAAACCCUGCACACUUUCCUACUAAAACAACAUGUAAGAUACAUAUUCAAGGGGAAAAGUAUUUAAAGACAAAGGUGUUCUCAACCAAUGUAGAAUCCGUGCUACUUGGUCUAUUCUGCUGCUUUGCAUAUGAUCCAAAGACUAAUGAGUAUAACUUUGACCACGUUCCUGGUAUAAUGAAAGAGGUGAAAGAUAUUUUUUCUACGCAAGCUAGAAAUAGGGGUAGUUCUUCUUGUAAGUCUCGCAAAAUGCAAAGAAAAGCAGCCAAUAGAAAAAAGCUAUGUAAGAAUACAGCUGCUAUAAGAGUAGGCCAGGACGUACCCAAAGGGAUUUGCCAAAAGUGGAGAGAAAUAAUUUGGAGGCUAGUGAAGGAUGAUGAAAGCAUAAGUUGCGUAACUCUGGAGGAUGGCAAUAAGAUUAUUAGGUCGGAUAUUUGUAAUAUUCUCAUCCUAAUCUUAAAAGUGGUGGGGAUAUGCAGUGCGGAGGAAAGGGAAAUAGUAGAGGGCUUUAGGAAAGACCUAGAAAGUGCGCAUGCAAAUAAUUGCCGAGAGAUAGAUGCAUAUCUUAUGGAAAGGAUGGAAGAGUACAUAUCAGCACUGUUUGCUUUUCUGUCAAGAAACUGCACUCCAUGCCAAAACUUAGAAAGCUGGUACCAAAUCACUUCUGUAGAUGAAGAAAAUAGACAAGUGUUUAUAGAAGUUGUACCUCAGGAGGUGCUGGAAGAGGAUGCUGGGUAUUAUUUUCCUAGCAACAUAGACAUCUACUAUGCAUAUGAAAACACCGCACAUUGCAUGGUUCUUCAGUUAGUAGACUCAAAAACAGCUCGUCUAGAGCUUGGUAAACCAGUUGUAAAGCUGGAUGAAUAUGAAGAGCUAGAAGAAUUAGACAUGCUGAAAGAAAAAGCAUCAAGAAUAGAAAAGAACACCUUUCCCCAAUCUACUAUUUCUAAGUAUGUCAAAAAUGUAUGUAUAUACAACCCAAAGAAUAUAAUAAUUGACCUGUAUAUUUUAUAUAUGGGCGAAGAUGCCGACAUAAUGCUAAAUUACAAAGACAUUCAGCCGCACCAAUUUAACACCAGAAUUACAAACAAUCUACUGUUUAGGAUGAAGUACGAGACAUACAGGGACUUAAAAUCAAAUCAGAAUAUCUGCUCUAGUCUGCACAAUUUAAACAACUUCAUAGCAAAUGAGUUGAUAUUAAAUGAAAGGAGUCUGGCGAUUUUGAUUAUUUACAUAGGGAUCAGAAUAGAUAAGAUAAAGGACCAAUUAACCGAACGCCUAGGGUCUAUUAUUACAGCCAAAUACCAUAACCCGCAGAUAAAUAUAACCAGCGAUCUCAUGGUGAUGAUAAUUGAAAAUCUGCUAGAGAUAGAGGCAGGUCUUGAUAUUGCGAAUAUAAUUGCAGCAUAUGCUCAAAUCAGCGGGUAUUAUACAAGAAACUGUCUAACUACUCUAUUUGAAAGGCUAGCAUCUAAAGGCAUAGACACAGAUAAAAUAGUUCAGUAUAUGGAUGUAUACAGUACUAUUGAAGAGGGGAAACUUCAAACAGAAAAAAGCUUAGAAAAACUAAGCUCCAGCCUCAAUUCUAUGAAAAUUUAA